CACCAGCCUUCCCUAGCAAUUUUUACUCAGAAGUAAACCCCACGUUGUCCACUGGGGCUGGCUCUCGCUUUAAGUACGUACAGGCUUGCAACCCUACUGCCCCAUCCCUUACUAUGUCUUGCCCAGUGGAGCUUCCUCCGUAACAAGCGUUAUGGAGCAAGAACGUUCAACCCACACAGCGGAGAGCCCUGCUGUCCUACCCUUUCUGUGCCCAAGAGUCCCUACUUGACUCAGUGUCCCGGCGUGCUGUGCGACGUCAAGAGUAGGCGAGCCCUUCCCGUGCGGGUUUUCUCGGGACCUGUAGUCGUUCCUUCCCGAAGUUGACCCGGCUCUCAGAGGCGCUGGGACUCGCCUUCCCUGCCUGCCCUUCGGGUCCAUUGUGGCCAAGCCCGUCUCCCAUUGGACAGACUCGGAAACAGGGCCCGCUCCCCUCCUGCUGACACAAUAGUGGAUUCAAGAUGGCCGACGCGGGUGCAGCAAGCUUACCUGGGGGAGACUCGGCGUUGCCGCCGCCGCCGCCGCCGCCGCCUCCUCCGGAGGAGCAGGAGCUCAGCCAGCGCCUCCGCCGCCUCUAUCCGGCCGUCAACCCGGCCGAGACGCCGUUGCCGCGUGCCUGGAGCCCCAAGGACAAGUAUAACUACAUCGGCCUCUCCCAGGGCAACCUGCGCGUCCACUACAAAGGACAUGGGAAAAAUCACAAAGAUGCUGCUUCAGUCAGGGCUACCCACCCCAUCCCUGCAGCCUGUGGUAUUUAUUACUUUGAAGUGAAGAUAGUCAGUAAAGGCAGAGAUGGGUACAUGGGGAUAGGACUCUCAGCCCAAGGUGUCAACAUGAACAGACUUCCUGGUUGGGAUAAGCAUUCCUAUGGCUACCAUGGUGAUGAUGGGCACUCCUUCUGCUCUUCAGGGACAGGGCAACCCUAUGGACCCACCUUCACUACUGGUGAUGUGAUUGGUUGCUGUGUGAACCUCAUCAACAAUACCUGCUUCUACACAAAGAAUGGGCACAGCUUAGGUAUAGCCUUUACAGAUCUCCCUGCUAAUCUGUAUCCCACUGUGGGGCUCCAAACACCCGGAGAGAUAGUGGAUGCCAACUUUGGGCAGCAGCCUUUUGUGUUCGACAUUGAAGAUUAUAUGAGGGAGUGGCGAGCAAAGAUUCAGGGCACCAUUAAGAGGUUUCCCAUAGGUGACCGGCUAGGUGAAUGGCAAGCCAUGCUGCAGAAUAUGGUCUCCUCCUAUCUGGUGCAUCAUGGGUACUGUGCUACAGCGACUGCCUUUGCCAGGGUGACGGAGAGUGCAAUCCAGGAAGAACAGAUCUCCAUAAAGAACAGACAAAGAAUACAGAAGCUGGUCUUGGCAGGACGAGUUGGGGAAGCCAUUGAAGCCACACAGCAGCUAUACCCAGGACUUCUAGAGCACAACCCUAACCUCCUGUUUAUGUUAAAGUGCAGGCAGUUUGUAGAAAUGGUAAAUGGAACAGACAGUGAAGUACGUUGUUUCAGUGCCCGCAGCCCCAAAUCCCAUGACAGCUAUCCUGACUCCCCCAACCUAAGUCCCAGGCAUGGCUCUAACAAUUUGCACAUCCAUAGCACCGGAGCAGACAGCCCAAGCUGCAGCAAUGGAGUCAUCUCCAUAAAAACCAAACAGAGCCACAGUAAAUACCCAGCACUCAGUUCGUCGUCGUCGUCCUCUUCCUCCUCAUCCCCUUCAUCAGUGAACUACUCGGAAUCCAACUCGACAGAUUCCACUAAGUCCCAGCAGCACAGCAGCACCAGCAACCAAGAGACCAGUGACAGUGAGAUGGAAAUGGAGGCAGAACACUACCCUAAUGGAGUCCUGGAGAAUUCUGCCACAAGAAUAAUGAAUGGCACUUACAAGCAUGAAGAGAUCCUGCAGACAGAUGAUUCCAGCAUGGAAGACAGCUGUCCUCAGAGGCAGCUCUGUGGAGGAAACCAUGCUGCCACUGAGCGGAUGAUUCAGUUUGGCCGGGAACUGCAGACCCUGAGUGAGCAGCUGUGCAGAGAGUAUGGGAAGAAUACGACGCAUAAAAAAAUGUUGCAGGAUGCAUUCAGCUUGCUAGCCUAUUCUGAUCCAUGGAACUGUCCUGUGGGUCAGCAGCUGGAUCCAAUCCAGAGGGAACCUGUGUGUGCUGCACUCAAUAGUGCUAUAUUGGAGUCUCAGAACCUGCCAAAGCAGCCCCCACUGCUGCUCGCCCUGGGCCAGGCCUCGGAGUGCUUGCGGCUCAUGGCCCGCGUGGGCUUGGGCUCCUGCUCCUUUGCCAGAGUGGACGACUAUUUGCACUAGCCACUGAGUGAGACAGAGUGACCCCGCCAGUGCUGCCCCCUCUCCCUGCCUCGCGCGCUCCCACCAUCCCGCCCCUUCCGCCUGCCUUCCCACCUGCUGCCCAGCAGAAGGACACGCUGCUGACCGGGGGGGACCCUUGUUGCGCCUUCAUUUCGUUCCUCGGAAACUGCUGGCAGGGCCCCCCGUCGUCACCACAGCCUGCUCUGCCCUACAUCUCCUGCAGCACUCAGCAUCUUCACUGGUCAUUCUGAUGUAGCGCCUUCCGACUUUAGGAUUUUAUCUUUAUUUUAUUAUUUUAUUUCUCUGACUGAGCCACCAGUAUUUAUAUCUGGAGAGUUUGUGCUGAGCUGGUUUCUACUAAUUUAGAGAUAAACGUGUGUCUGAGUUGGUGGUGGCCUGUUUUUAUUUUCACAAGGAGAAACUGUUGGCAAGCUUGCCAGUUGCGCAGUAUUGCUCUGUAGUUCCGGUCCUCUUGAGGGCGAGCCGUCUUGGUGUGUUUGUUGGAUUCCACCCCUUGCCAGCAGAGCUUUCUUGUUCAACAGAAUUUUAUUUCCCCCAUACCAUGGGACAAGAAUUCUCUGCUUAAAAGAUGAUAGUUGUAAAGUUUCAUCCUGGAGAAACCUGAGUAUAAGAAUCAAAAGUGCUUGGCACCUUGGGCAGGCCAAGUCUUCCCCAAUUUGAUGGCUUGCAGAUGAGCUGGACAACAGUUUCCAUAAUUCGCAGUCAGCAUGGUUCUGUUUGCUGAGAAUGAUGGAAGUUGGUAGUUGAACACAACUGGAGGCCAUCUGGUUGGGGAAGAGCAGAUCAGCCCUUUAGUACAGAGAUAAUCUGCUAACCCCCAACCACCCCUGAUGUCAAGGAGAUGCUGUUGACGCAGAGGAAUCAGUCAGAGCAAGUGGUCCAAGCCCACUGCAGUGAGGCAAGCACUUCCAGUCUGAUGGGGUCAUUUGGGUGACAACCAGCAUCUAACAAGUAGGGCUUGCCCCACAGCGUUGUCCCCGACUGCUUCAUUGUGCUGCCAUCCAAAUGGUGUCUUUCCAGUGGAAGGGAAAAUGGAGGCUGUGUGUGUCUGCAGUCUCCUUUUGCUGCUUGUGAAGGAGGCCCUUUGCUAGGGGCUUUAGCCUUGGCUGGUGGCUGCCACUUCAGUGCUGUUGAAUUCUCUGGAUCACUGGCUCAUCCCAACUGACCCAGCCCCCAGUCUAGCUUUUGGGGCUCAGCUAGAUACACGGGGAGCCAGCAUACAUCUCCCUUACGCCUAUGGAUCUUGGAUUUUAUGCUGACCUUCAACUUUCAGAUACCUCUAUGACAAUAGUAUACAAAUCUUAUUUUUCCCUGCUUAAUCACCAACUAAAAUGUGAAAUUGAGGACACAAGCCAAUGUUUCUUUUCCUUUAAAAAAAGAAAACUUCUUGUUUUUACCCCAGUGAGUAGUUGUCAUUAAUUUUUCUUGUUGGACCAUCCAUUUCCAAACCAACUCAUUACAGAAAUCAGCUAGAUGCUAUGAGUAGAAAACCAACACACUAGCUUACCUUAUCUGAAGGUGUAUAUAUGUAUUUCUUGCAAUGCACAUCAGGAGAGGUGGUGUUCUGAAACCCAUUUUGUCUGGAAAUAGUGUGGAUAAUGAACUUAAUAAUCACAGACUUUCUGGUAUAUUUCAGUACCUUGUCUCUCUUUUAAGACACUUUUCAAAUAAAGAACUGAGAAAAACAUUUUCCAUAAAUUCACCAAGCAACCCAUUUCGUUAAAGUGGACUUCAGGGUUGCAGAAGUUUAUGUAAGAGAAAUUCUUGAUGUGACAAAUAACAUCUCUCCCAUUUAGGUAGAGAACAGUAGUCACACUAGAAGGAAAAUGGCACUUGGGUUUGGGGCAUGAGCAACGUACCCGCAGACAUAUGUGAAACACACUUGGAGCAUCUCCUGUACAAGCACCACUGACGGGAAUGGGAAUUGUGCCAGUUAAUGGGAAUGUUUGUACAGAAUUGCAAUUCAUUUCACAGCAGAGACGUUCUCUGUAUGUUCCUUCUACAACAAGCCUUUGCAUCUGGGUAUGGACAUAAAGGACAUGUUUGAGCAUUAGAUUGGAAGAGAGCACAGUGCUUCAUCCUUCGCCGAACCAAACCGAAAAUUAGUGAGAAGUACUGUAAGAAACAAAGUAUAAAACCAAAGAGAUGACUGUCGAACAAACAAUUUUUAAUUCUUGAUUUAUUUCCCUUUUUCUUUGACUUGUUUGAUAGCAUUGCAGAAGUGGCUAUAACUGCACUCUGGUUCUGGUUAAAGCAAAGCAAAAUAUUUUAAGCGCCACUUGCUGAAGGAGAACUCCUCCAUCUUUGUUACCCAUUUGCCAGCUGUCAGCGAUGGCUGGCAUUGCACCACCAUGACUGACCAAUGGCAGCAUGAUUCCUGAAUGUGUUGCUUUUUUCUGUGUUUAACUAUUCUGUCUUGCCUUGUACUUUCAUAGGAGUUUUCAGCAUUAGUAUAUGUAUUUUUAAAUCAUGCAGUGAAAUUAUAAUACCAUGAAAUGGAUGUCCAGUCAAAGCCAGCUUAAAAACACAGAUUGAUUUUUUAAAAAUCCCACUCUAGUAUCAUCUUCAGCCACGCAUCUUAGAAGGCAAAUGCUGUGCAAACAGACAUGUCUGCAUCCUGUCCUGAAUCCCAUUCACUGUGGCAGCUGCUUUACCAUUUGUCCUUUGCCUCUGGUUGCUGUUUAAAGCAUUUCACAUUUGAGGGUUUCCUUUUUAAAUUUUGCCUGUUCUGGGUGAGUCUUAAGGAAACUCUCUUUCCUUGCCUUGGUACAGAUUGCUUCUCUGUUCCAUCUUGUUUCCUUUGGUUUCUAUAUCCUUCCUUCCUUUCACAAAGUUGCUUUCAGGGGCUUACUUGGGUUGAUGACCUUCUCCUUUUUCUCAGUUGUGGCUGGUCUGACAUUUGACUUGACAGCCCCCAGUCUUUUCUUCCAUUUUUGCAUUCUCAGUAAAGUUUCUCAGGCAGCAAGCAACAUAAUCCAACUUAACCCCAUCAGCAUUGGUUUUGUGAAGUAAUUUUCUAUUUUAAAGAAAAGUUCUAUUGUGUGCUCUUGUUCUAAAGCAGUCUGCUUGCUUUGAUCAUGCAGGCGAGUGUUUGAUCUUAUGGCCCUGUAGACAUUGUAAGUAAACUUCAUCACAGUUUAGGAAUACAGUCAGUGCCAGUCAGUUCAGUUCAUGACUCAAGAAUUUCCUUAUUGUGGUGGAGCUAAUAGUCAGGCCCAGACACCCUCAAUGGAUGUGGUGGAGAUACAACUGUUUGUAUGAAAAAGUUUAACAAUUGCUCUUAACAAACUGCAGUAUAUUUUUUCCACUACAAUAUGUAGUACAGAAAAAAUUUGGAUGCCAUCUAACUGUGAAAUGUAAACUUUCCCUUUUGCUGCUAUAAAAAAUCUGCUUUGGUUGCAGUGUAUCUUAUUUCAGAUUUUCAUCUAUUUAUUUAGUUAAUGCUCUUCGAAGUUACAGUGAUCAAGAAGAAUAGGUUUAGAAUUACAGAGUUCACAUCAUCUUCCUGUUCCUGGACAUUCACCAUAUAAAUGAAACAUGGAAUUGAAAGUUCCUAGUUACUGUGUCUGUAGAGUCUGCACUGGGAAACCUCAGCAGCUCCAGAAUCAUCUUACUUUGUAAUUCAAGAGUGGAACUGACUCUUUGUAUUACUGACCUUGUUGGGAAAUGCUGCAUUAAGGAGUGCUCCCAUAUCGACAGAUAAAGCAACACUUCUCUCUAUCAUAUAGAAGUCCCACCUCCCUGAAAGGAUGGAGGGUUCUCUCAUCUUGUAUAGUAAGGGAAAUUGUGACAUAAGUGGAGAGGUGGUUUUGUAGUGGAACAGCCCCAGGUCCCUGGAUCUUGACUGAGAAAAUGAUCUCACUGAGGCUUGUGAAAACCUUCCUGUUGCCUUGGUAGCAGACUUCCAUCUCAUUUUCUGUCUUCACAGUGAGGCCUACCAGGGCUCCGCUACAUCUUUGAUUCUGUAGGCUUUUAUAUGGCAGUGUCAAAGAUGACACCUUCUGGCAAUGUUAUAUUCUGGCAAUAAGUUUGGCAAUGUAACAUUCUGGAGUAUUAUGAGAUUCAGAUCCAAGAAUAUUGCUCUUUUAACCAGUAGCCAAAGAAAUCUUCCCUUCAUCAGACAGACUGCUUUUCACACUGGGCCAGAGCUGGCCAUCUGGAUGGCAGCAGCCAACCCUGAGAGUUAAAAAAAUGUGAAGGGAACAACAGGUAUGUCACGGGGGUUUUCUGGCCUGCCAUUGGCAAGCUGGCAUUGGGGCUUUGCCACCACAUUUUCUCGAUUCUCAGCAAAACUAGUAGCUGAUUUAAGAUUCUGGUAAAAAUAAAUUUACUUGUAUAGUGGGCUGGCAUUGCUUAUGGAAAGACUCUUGAGGUUUAUUGGAAUGAAAAUUUUAAGAUUUAUGCAAAGUUGGGAAUAUUUAAGGUUUCGAUCAUUGGGUUGAGGAAUCUUUUGUUUGAAUUUUUAAUUUGGGGUGCAUGUAUCCUCAUCUUGAAUGUGCAAGCAGCAACAUGUUUGGUGGCUGUCAGGCUGUGACUGGAUUACAUCUUCAAACUCGAGCAAAGACAGGAAGCAACCUAAAGAAGUACAGGUUCUAAUUUAACUCCUCCCCACCUUUUCUCCAGUUGUUCAGAACUCAGGUAACCAGCUCAAGCAUGGAAUGUCAGGACACUUUUGUUUCAUUAUUUUUAAUAGCAUCAACUGUAAACAAAAAACCCAACCACCAAAUAAACAGGCUGAGCAAACCUCAGUUCCACACGGCAUCUGUCAUCACUUGGAAUUUUCUCUUUGUGGACAUCCUGCCAAGCUGUGCACAUCGGUUCAGUCUCUGCUUAGUAUUUGUGAGUUCAGUUAUCCAACGCUAGCAUGAAACCUUCCAGAGGGAGGAAAUUUUAACUGAAGAAAAAAUAUUGAAAAAAUGUACUGGAAAUAUGGUAAAGAAACUCACAUUCUGUUGUAUUUUGACAGAAUUAUUUUUAUUAAAAUAUACAUCCAUGUGCAACA